GGGUAUGGAGAGAAGGCAGGUACGGGAUACUGAGUUGGAUGAUCAGCCAUGAUCAUAUUGAAUGGCGGUGCAGGCUCGAAGGGCCGAAUGGCCUACUCCUGCACCUAAUUUCUAUGUUUCUAUGUUUCUAUAUCAUAUGACGUCAUUGCAAGCAAAGAUCUUAGAGCUAUAAUCUUUGAUUGCAAGGAGCAGGGUUGGGACGCGAUGACGCCACCCCCGUGCGCCGUGACGUUCCGACCGUUCGUGACGAUGCUAUUGUCGUACACUAUGACGUACCCACCGUACAAGGUGACGUCUCCGCCCGCGCGCGGUGACGUCUCCACCCGUGCGCGAUGACGCCAGAGGCGUGAUGCGCCGGCGGGAGCGGGAUGGAGCCGCGGAAGGGAAGCACCGAUAGCGUCCGUCGAUUGUCCACCUUCGACCAAUCGAUCGCCGAGUCAUCAGUAUCGGCGGCCCCCCAGCCGCGGUUUGCGAACACAAAGGAGUAUGACUCUAUCUUGUAUGGCCCAGUUGUGGAUUAUUCCUUCAGACGUUUGGAUUCUGUAAAUGCAGAUGCCAUUAAGCUGACGCCCCGGGCGGGCGUGAAACCCAACGAGUUCACGGAGGAUCGGAAGAUGAAGAGCUGCUCACUGCGGCUGAGCCACAACCGACUGAACGACCUGAGCGGUCUGAAGCAGCUGAUCGACACGUUGCUGGUGGAACCACGCCGUCUCUUCUGGAUCGACCUCUCCUUCAACAACUUUUACCUCAUCGACCCUGUGCUGAUUAUGUGCAUCCACCUGCAAGUUCUGAACAUGCACGGGAACCAGGUGGCCAAGUUGUACGAGGUGGACAAGCUGGCGGUCCUGACGCACCUGCGGAGCCUGACUCUGCACGGCAACCCUGUGGAGCUGCUCAAAGGAUACAGGAGCUACAUAGUGGGGGUGAUCCCACAGUUGAAGUCGCUGGACUACAGCACGAUCACCAAGCAAGACCGCUCCACCGCUGCCGUCAUGAAGUCGUUCACCAGGCACAAGCGGCCGGCGCGGAGACGCUACGACGAGUAGCUCCCCACCCGAGGAGUGCCGCCCGCCCGCCCCGCCGUGUUCCGCCCCACCGUGGCCGGUUCCCAGGCCGAGAGAGAGCAGGGAAGGGCCCGACUCUUUACUGCACGUUGACCCCGCCUGAAUUUCAAUAAAAAAAGUCACGAUGAUUGGUAUUAU